CUCAAAUUCCGUUCUCGAUUCCAUGGCAAUCGAAAGACGGGAAGAUUCCAGGCGUCUGUAACUGUUCUAGUCCCGCUCUUUUCAGGGGAACAUUCAUAAAUAGUGCUCCAGGUUUGCGUCCCUCUGGAGAGUGUGUGCUUCUGGGAAUAUUGCGGUGUAGUGGGCUCCUGCAUCUGUGUUGGCUGCCUAGUGCUGGUCUCCCGGACGACCUCUCCAUAGCCAGUCAAUGGCCCUCAUGGACAAGCACAAAGUCAAGCGGCAGAGGCUGGACCGCAUCUGCGAAGGCAUCCGGCCGCCGAUCCUGAACGGGCCGAUGCACCCUCGCCCCCUGGUGGCGCUGCUGGAUGGGCGCGACUGCACCGUGGAGAUGCCCAUCCUCAAGGACGUCGCCACCGUUGCCUUCUGUGAUGCCCAGUCCACACAGGAGAUACACGAAAAGGUUCUGAAUGAGGCGGUCGGUGCACUGCUCUACCACACAAUUACUCUCUCUCGAGACGACCUUGAGAAGUUUAAGGGUCUUCGAGUCAUUGUGAGAAUUGGGAGCGGCUUUGACAACGUGGACAUCAAAGCAGCCGCAGAGUUAGGCAUUGCGGUGUGCAACGUGCCGGCGUCGUGCGUGGAGGAGACUGCUGACACGUCCAUGUGCCUGAUCCUGAACCUGUACCGCCGCGUCACAUGGAUGCACCAGGCACUCCGGGAGGGCACCCGCGCCUCCAGCGUCGAACAGAUCAGAGAGGUGGCCGGCGGGGCAGCACGCAUCAGAGGAGAGACGCUGGGCAUCAUUGGCCUGGGUCGUGUGGGCCAGGCGGUUGCGUUGCGAGCGAAGGCGUUUGGUUUCGGGGUGAUCUUCUACGACCCCUACCUGGCGGACGGCGUGGAGCGCUCGCUGGGUCUGCAGCGCAUGGCCACCCUGCAAGAUCUCCUCAUCCACUCGGACUGCGUAUCCCUGCACUGCAGCCUCAACGAGCACAACCACCACCUCAUCAACGACUUCACCAUCAAACAGAUGCGUCAGGGUGCGUUCCUGGUGAACACGGCGAGGGGAGGGCUGGUGGACGAGAAGGCCCUGGCACAGGCCCUGAAGGAGGGCAGGAUACGCGGAGCUGCCCUCGACGUACACGAGACAGAACCCUUCAGUUUCUCCCAGGGUCCCUUGAAGGACGCCCCCAACCUGAUCUGCACCCCCCACACCUCCUGGUACAGCGAGCAGGCGUCCAUAGAGGCCCGGGAGGAGGCAGCCCGCGAGAUGAGGCGCGCCAUCACAGGUAGGAUUCCAGACAGCCUGAAGAACUGUGUGAAUAAGGAGUAUUUGAUGAGCACCUCCCAGUGGACGGGCAUGGAAACUACCGCGGUGCACCCAGAGGUCAACGGAGCUGCAGCAUACAGGUUCCCUGCAGGCCUGAUUGGCGUGGCGGGCAGCCUGCCCGGCUCGGGGGCGGGCGUGGAGAGCCUGGUGGCGGCGUCUCUGCCCAUGGCGCACGCCAUCACCCCCGUUACCCAGCUGCCCCACACCCCCUCGCCCGGCCAGCCCGCGAAAGCAGACUCGGACAGAGACAACCCCUCCGACCAGUAGCAGCCUUCUCCAACCCUACAUUCCAGCAGCCAAGGCCAUUAUCAUUGUUAUUGUUGUUAUUAUUAGUAGUACUCUUUAUUAUUAUAAUGUCUCUUUCUCUCUCUUUCUCUCUCUCUUGUUCUCUCAACAUGCAGUUUUUGUUUUGGUUUUUUUUGUCGGUUUUUUUGCCUUUCUCUUGU